UACGUAUUGACUUUUGAGUUUCUCGCUUUCUCCGAAUUUUCCUGAAUCACACAGGGAGAAAGCCCGGAAUUUACAGUCUACACUUUCUCGCUUAGUUUGUCAAUCAAAUGCGUCGCGCGGCUCUACACGCUCUCCGUACCGCCCGUCGCGUGCCAGCAGGAUGGAAGGCUGCUGGUAGGAAACCGUGCGCGGUGUCCUUCUCCAGCAGUCCCAAUUUCAGUAUCCGUCCAUCCUCCUUCUCUGCGGGCAGAUAUCCCCCCUUUCUUCCUGCCACAUUACAAUCUUCGAUGCAUCUCCGGAAUUUCUCACUUGCAGUAAUUUCCACGGUCGUGGCCUCAGGGGCCUGGUAUGCAUAUCAAGGAAAUGCCGGUACCCAGCCGACAACAGCCUUGAACGGAACAACAUCCGCCUCGCAGAUCCGCUCGAUUUCCUCCACAGCCGGCGCUCACGCUGAAGAUCCCGUGGAAACCACCCGCCGUGCCCUCCUGGUGGACAACGACCAGUUUUAUACCGCUACCCUAUCUGGAGAACAACCCCUCUCGAAGCACACGGACGAUUCCGACCGUCGGGUCCUCGAGAUGUUGACUCCGGAACAGGCGACCCAGAAACUGCGGAAGAACGAGGAGUCAUACCUGGUGAAUCGCGGUCAGGGUGUGGUACGUUACGACAUAGUUCAGGUCCCCAGUAAUUCUCCUAUCGAGGAUGAUCAUGCCGAGAAGGUUGUCGAGGUCCCGUCGUCGGUGGCGGCAGCUCAAGAAGGUCACGCCAACAGUGAUUGGAUGUUCUGGGGCGUAUUCGAUGGUCACUCUGGCUGGACUACUUCCGCUAAGCUGCGCAAUGUCCUCAUUUCAUAUGUUGCUCGGGAGUUGAACUCCACCUACAAAGCUGCAGCUGCGGACCCAUUAAUCCUUACUCCGUCAUCUGAAGCGGUGGAUGCUGCCAUCAAACAGGGGUUUGUUCGCCUGGAUAAUGAUAUCGUGUACGAAAGCGUCGACAAGGUGUUGAAGUCAAAUUCCCGCCGUGUUGCGGCUGAGAUGCUGGCUCCCGCUCUUUCCGGCUCCUGUGCUCUGCUGGCUUUCUACGACUCUCAAUCAAAGGAUCUGAAGGUUGCCGUGGCCGGUGAUUCGCGGGCUGUUCUGGGUCGUCGGGGCCCGAAUGGAAAGUGGUCUGCGACAGCGCUCUCUGAAGAUCAGACCGGCGGCACUCCAUCUGAGAUGCAACGUCUCCGUCAGGAACACCCGGGAGAAGCCAACGUUGUCCGCAACGGCCGGAUCCUCGGUCAAUUAGAGCCUAGCCGAUCCUUUGGCGAUGCCUUCUACAAGUGGAGCAAGGAGACACAGGACAAGAUCAAACGGCAAUUCUUCGGCCGCACGCCUCAUCCGCUGCUGAAGACUCCUCCGUAUGUCACCGCCGAGCCCAUCAUCACCACAACCAAGGUUGAACCUAGUCGGGGUGACUUUCUCGUGCUCGCCACGGACGGUCUCUGGGAGAUGCUGAGCAACGAGGAAGUUGUUGGGUUGGUAGGGGAGUGGGUGGACAAGCAGCAGCAGCAGUCUGGUAGCAGCAAGGCCUGGUUGCGCAGUUGGUUUGGAUUUGAAAACAAACAGCUCCCUGUCGAAGCGACCGCCGAGACCGGCACAGAAGGUCAGCGCCGUCCUAUCCGCCAGCAGCAGUAUGAUAUCUCUGGUGCGGCCAGCCGAUUCACCGUGGAAGAUAACAACGCGGCAACCCAUCUUGUGCGGAAUGCCAUGGGCGGAAAGGACAAGGACAUGGUUUGUGCUCUACUGACGCUUCCGAGCCCCUAUUCUCGGCGAUACCGCGACGACGUCACCGUCGAGGUCAUCUUCUUCGGCGAGGGCCCUGAUACCCGGACAAUCACUGUGAACCAGGAGGCUAGUGCAUCCGAGGAGACCCCCAAAGCGAAAUUGUGAUUCAAGCAGCCACCACCGCAACUCACGAGAUUUAACGCGAGCCUCCUUGCCAACCAUACAGACAGUCAGUCGGAGCCAUCGUGCGGAAGAAUGGGGUAGACCCUGGCUUAUUCUCCAUCACUCCACUUCAUUUUUGUUAAACUCCGUUCGGUUCACACUGGAUACUGCAAGGAUGCUCUUUAGGUGAGCUAAUUAAAUCUGCUAUGCAGAAUCUAUUUGGCAUUACUUCCCGCGGGUCUGGGAUGAUAAAGUUUGUUUCAAUAUGCAUUUUCACACAUAAAGGCGAGCAUCUUAUAGGUAACGAUAUGCUAUGAAAUUCUUAAAAUAUUGCAUUCAUAAUCCAGGU